CGUGUCACUUUCGUUGAAAAUGGGUUAAAGUGCUGAACUUGUUUAUGAAUAUAAGUUAAGGAUGAACUCGUUUAUAUUUCAAUUUGGAAAUUUCCAAGAAAAAAGUGACUUAUCAUCGCUUUUUUUGGUUUUAUUUAAUUUUUGGGUCAACGAACUUUCUGAUUAGUAAACAAACAAAAUGGCGGCCGACUUGGCCGAGGUGCGAAAUGUUGCCAAAGAAAUCAUUGCGUACGACCUCAAAAUCAACGGCCUCAUUCAGGAAAUCCGGAGCAACUGUCGUUCCAUUCAUGAUAUGAAUCAAGUCAACCAGAAGAUAAAAGAACAAAUGAAAACAACGCAAAACAGAAUACAGGAUUUGGAACGAAUCGCAAAUGAGCAAGACAAAGAAACAGACAGACUAGACAUUCUCAAAGAUGUGGGAAACUUCCGCAAACAGUUGGCAAGUACCCAGACGUCCAUCAGGAAAGCUAAUUUAUCCUGUAAGAUGGCAAUUGACAGACAAGAAAGAGAAAGUUUGCUUCAAGGCGGUACAGACCCUGAUUUAAGGAAAAGAAUGAAUAAAGAGAGUUUGGCGCAGACAGCUGGCAACAUUACUGAUAAUCUGAUGAGUCUGAACAGAAUGAUGGCGGCCAAUGUAGCACAGAGCAAUCUGGCCAAUGAAGUACUAGGGAAAUCAUCAGCAACUCUCUCGGACACACAUGAGGAAUUCAAAGGGAUGGGGGGAGUGAUUCAGACAAGUCGUAGCUUACUGACCAAGUACAACAGACGAGAGCUGACAGAUAGGUUACUCAUCUUCCUAGCUGUGGCGCUGUUCCUGGCAACGGUGCUCUAUAUAUUGAAGAAGAGGAUAUUUUGAUGAUGGAUGAAGG